AUGGAGCGGUCUGGCGCCACAGCUGUCCCUGUCUUCCACCGGAAUGUACCAAAACUGACCCAGACUGGAGACGGUGGGGUGGACACCUGCGGUCGCAUUCAUUCGCCAUCUGCGGCUGAGGACUUCGGGCUGCUCCCAGUGAGACGGUCGGCAGCCGCGGACGAGAACGCAGCAGCCGUCACCGCCCCAUCGUCGCUACACUCUGAGAGCGCUGUCCCAGCUCCGGCAGGCCCAGAGGCCAGCAGCCGGCGGUCGCAGCUGCUGGCAGGCCUGCUGGUCGGUAGCGUGCUCUGUCGCUGUUGCUCCCUCGUGCACAACCCGCUGCUGCCCGAGGAGGCGGCCAGGCGCGGGCUCGAUCGGUACCAGGUCAGCAGCGCCUUUAGCUACGCUGCCUUCGUCGAGGUCAUCUCUUUCCCGGCCAUGGGCUGGCUGACUUCACGACUCGGCGCAGGUCGGCUGUAUCUGUCCGGGGUGGUCGUUUGCGGGCUGGCAACGGCCGCGCUCAGUCUCAUCACCUACGUGGAGGGGUCGCGCUUCUUUUUGCCCUGGUGCAUGGCAGCAAGGACUUUGGAAGCCAUCGGGAGAACAGCGGCCGUAACGGCUGGGAAGUCAAUAAGCGUCAGUCAGUUCCGGAACAGGAGGGACGCCGCGGUGAAGAUCGCCAGUGGAGUCAACGUUAUCGUCAACAGCCCGGCUCUGGGCGGCUGCAUGUACGCCGUGUCGCACUACGGGGAGCUUCCGUACACCCUGGGCGGGCUGCUGCUGGGCGGUGGGUUCGCCACCCUCGCCGCUCUCCCCGCGCUGAACAUCCAGAGCGCGGACCGCACUGGGGUGCGUCCGGCUCUGCAGGAGCGGCUCGGCCGCGGAGAGACGCUGCGGGGGUUCGUCGGCGCUCUGCGCCAGGUAGCCGCCUGCCCAGACAACUGGCUCGCGUUCGUCGUGAUGCUGACGAUCGCCAUGAACUGGUGGACGCUGGGACCGAGUCUGACGGCGCCCGUCCGCGCCGCCGCGCGCCUGGACACGGCCGAGCUCGGCCUGCUGCACGCCGCCUCGCUGGCCUCCUCGGUGCUGGUGCUGCCGGUCUGGCUGCGGCUGAGCCGCGCCGUCAGCAACUCGUUCCUGCUGGUGUCGGCCUGUCUGUGCGCGCUGACGCUGGUGUUCUCUCUGCUGCUGGCCGUGCACGCGCUCGGCAAACUGGUGUUCCCGCUGGCAGGCGCCGCCGUGGCCGAAAGGCUGGGACUGCUGGCGGUCGUGCUGUGCCUCUCGGCGGGAACUCUGCUCAUCUGCCUGCUACUCUUGACCCGGGGUCUGGCGCACCAUUACAUUCAGCAGGAGUCAAAGUCGCGGAUCAAGGAACGGUAG